UCUCUCUCUCUCUCUCUCUGGCUUCUCUCUUCUCUCUUCCUUCCAUGGAACUCCACCCUUACCUCCGAGUUAAACCCCCCCAGGAGACCUCAGAACGGUUCCCCCAGUGGACUCAUGACGAGACCAUGGUGUUCCUCGCCAUCCGCGCCCAGCUCGACAAGAGCUUCGUCGAGACCAAGCGUAACAAGCCCUUGUGGCAAGCCAUCUCUUCCUUGCUGCAGCAGAGAGGCUUCUUCCGGACCCCCGACCAGUGCAAGUCCAAGUGGAAGAACCUCGUCACGCGGUUCAAGGGAAGUGAGUCUGUGGAGGGAGAGAUCAAUCGGCAGUUCCCUUUCUACGAAGAAAUGAGGAAGAUAUUCUCCGAUAGGAUGGAGAGGCUGCUCGUCCUCGAGAAGGCGAGGGGGAAACAGGUGCAAGUCCAAGCGAAAGAGUGGGAGGAGGAAGAGGGGGAAGGGAAGGUGGCGGGGAGCAAGAAGAGGCGGAAGGUGGAGAGAAAGAAGCGGCCCGACGAAGAGUUGGAAGGUGCCGUGAGGGACUUUAUGCGGCGGCAGCUGGAGAUGGAGGCUCGAUGGGCGGAGGCGGUUGAGGCGAGGGAUGCAGAGCGGAGGGCCAAGGAGGAGCAGUGGAGAAGGCUGAUGCAAGGCUUGCAGGAGGAGAGGACGGACCUGGAAAGGCGAUGGAGGGAGCGGGAGGAGGAGCGGCGCGUCCGGGAGGAGACCCGAGCCGAGAGGCGGCACGCCCUCCUUAUCGCCCUUCUCAACAAGCUCGUUCACAAGGAUUGCUAGUUUGCAGCAACAGCAAUCACAGCUCUAAGCUUCGCUCUAUGGCAGAACGGGAGAUGGAAGAAGUGAGAGAGAGAGAGAGAGAAAGAAAGGUUAGCUCUUUGAUCUUAGACUAGCUUUUAUAUAUGCUUUGCUUCCCAUCAAGAAUUAGGUACCAGUAGCAUCUGCUAACGCAACAGAAGCAUGCAGAUGCUUCUUCUGCCUCAUUCCACUUUGAGAAGGCAAUAUAGCUCAAGAGUUCUCAACUCAUAUAAAAUGGUUUUUACUACCUGUUGGAAUAAACUGGAAUUAUGAUUAUUAGUAUCA